GUGAGCUAGCUGAAUUGAUUUUGUUGUAACUUGAAAGCAUAAAAAAGGAUAGAUCGCUAGUCUGCUUCUUACGGCUUUGUCUGGCCGGGGGCAUCAACUGGACCUCAGCAUUCACACAAAGCAGGGGAGCUCUAUCGCCUCAAUCUAAAAGAGUAUUAUUGGCUGAUCAAUGAAGAUAUACAAAAAAUGGUUGAUGUGUCAUUGUUGGCGUCGUUAAAAUAAUGUUAUCUUAUUUACGGUUAGCUAGAGCAUUUCACGCUAUCUUUGCGUUUCCAUAAAAUACGCAUAUCCCUUUGAGUUUUUGGUAUUGGCGGAUAGACACUGCUUAUCCACAUUUCAACCACAUGUGUGUUGAAACGUCCCAUCCUUGCCUGAAUUGAGGCAAAAAAUGCAGUAUACUGACAAUGUAGGAGGCCGACUUUGCAUGAACCGAGAACUUAUCUUCAGAUUUCCAACUAGCAAAUUAUGUCGUCGAUAAUAUGAGGACAGUUGUCUACAUUUUCAUAAGGAUCUCACUGAAAAUAAGUGUUUUUGCCAAAGCAAAUAACUCGAUUUCGCCACCCCCUCGUGGUCCCCGUCCCUCCUCCCAGUCCUGUCUUGGAAGGGCUAGUGACGAGUGGUUUGGUCCUUUUUCGUGUUAGAUUCACAUCAACUAGGAAUGAUGCUUCGACAUUUUCUAAAUGUGAGGUAAACUGUUGGCAUAGUUUGCUAACAUUACGUAUCAAUGUAAGAAAAAGAGGGCCACUUUAACGAAUGCAUCAAUCAAACGUUAAUUUAAACCAGUGAGAUUGGAAUUUGAAGACGGAGACCCUCCGACCCUUUCCCCCGAACCUGGAUAUCGGAAUGGUGUGUCGUGACCCCAGUGGGUUGGGAAAUGCACCAUGUUCAUACGCGCUCUGAGCCGGACAGUCAUGUCUGGCUUGGAGCACCGAUAAUCUGGACACUUCCGGGGAGCCCACUACCCGCUCCGUGGGCACCACUGCCAACUUGAAGGGGAAGAUGAGCAAGAGGCUGUCUGUUGUGAAAGGUCACUUCCCUAAGCUCGUUGACUGUGCCCACUUCCACUAUGACAAUGUGGAGUUUGGCUCCAUCGAGUUGCAGUUUGCGAAUGAGCAGAGCGUUGCUAGCUGGAACUCAGGCUCUGCCAAAAACCUGGUUUUCGUGGUGCAGGUGUCCUGCCAGGCUAAGAUGUGGAUGGUUCGGCGCUCCUAUGAGGAGUUCCGUACUCUGGACGCUCACCUCCACCAGUGUAUCUACGACCGGCGUUACUCUCAGCUGCUGCCCCUGCCACCCCUCAGCGAGAUCGGGGACAGGGUAGAGAUCUUCACCCCGCUGCUGUCGGAGUACCUGAGCCGCCUCUCCAUGAUCGUGGACAACAAGCUCAACUGUGGGCCUGUGCUCACCUGGAUGGAGAUUGACAACCGUGGGAAUCGGUUCCUCCUGAAAGAGGAAGCUUCGCUCAACGUUCCCGCCAUCGCCGCUGCUCAUGUCAUCAAGCGCUACACAGCGCAGGCCAGCGACGAGAUCUCCAUUGAGGUGGGAGAUAUCCUGUCUGUAAUUGAUAUGCCACCCAAAGAGGACUCCAACUGGUGGAGGGGGAAGCAUGGCUUCCAGGUGGGCUUCUUCCCCAGUGAGUGUGUGGAGCUCAUCAACGAGAAGCCUCAGUCCACCGCUAAAAUAGAUGGAGAUCCAGCCAACUCCAGCGCACCAGAACCUCCCUCUCCUACAUCCGUUUCUAAGAAGCACGGCAAGCUGAUAGGAUUCCUGCGCACCUUUAUGAAGUCCAGGCCCACCAAGCAGAAGCUCAAACAGAGAGGCAUUCUUAAGGAGAGGGUGUUCGGCUGUGACCUGGGAGAGCACCUCCUCAACUCAGGACUGGACGUUCCACAGGUUCUAAAGAGCUGCUCAGAGUUCAUAGAGAAGCAUGGGGUGGUGGACGGCAUCUACAGGCACUCUGGAGUCUCCUCCAACAUUCAGAAACUCCGACAUGAGUUUGACAGUGAGAAUGUUCCAGACCUGACCAAGGAUAUGUACAUGCAGGACAUCCACUGUGUGGGGUCCCUGUGUAAGCUCUACUUCAGAGAGCUGCCCAACCCCCUGCUCACCUACCAGCUCUACGACAAGUUUGCUGACUGUAUGGGAGAGAUGACGGACGACGAGCGCAUGGUGAAAGUACAUGAUGUCAUCCAGCAGCUCCCACCACCGCACUACAGGACCCUGGAGUACCUCGUUAGACACCUGGCUGGUCUGGCCACCUGCAGCGGAGAGACCAACAUGCACAUCAAGAACCUGGCCAUUGUCUGGGCCCCCAACCUGCUCAGAUCUAUGGAGAUCGAGGCGGUGGGUCUGAGUGGUGCUGACCCGUUUAAGGAGGUGCGGAUUCAGUCUGUGGUGGUGGAGUUUCUCCUCAGUCACGUGGACGUGCUCUUCAGUGACUCCUUCACCUCUGUAGGACGCUUCACAGGCACAGGGCGGCACUCUCUGACCAGGCCCAAGUCCUUUGUGUCCGCCAGGCUGCUCUCCCUAGAAGAGGCCCAGGCCAGGACACAGGCUCCUCUGCUCCUCCAGGGGGCGCCAGUCCAGUUCCAGGGCCAGUUCCACACCGUGCUGGACCACCCUGUCGACAGGAGGAAGAGCGGGAUGAAGGUACGGAAGGCAGCUGGAGGGAGCUGGAAGACAUUCUUUGCGAUCGGGAAGCCCCCGGGGGCGGGGAGACGUAAACCAAUGAGGAUUAGCUCCCUGUUCCAGCCCGCCACCUCACACGCAGGUUGUCGUGUGGACAGUGUGACCCUGCGUUCAGCUAAGAGUGAGGAAUCCUUAUCGUCCCAGCACAGUGGAGCAGGACAGUCUAGCCGUCUGCGGCGGCCCCGCUCCAGCAGUGACGGUCUGUCUUUGGCUGCCUCCAUGGACCCCCAGCGCCCCCCGUCCCGCCUGCCUUCCAGCCGCUCGUAUGACAGCCUGCUGCCUGAGGACCGCCGGCCCAGGGAUGAUGGAGACGAUGAGCAGGAUGAAAACGAGGAAGGCAUCUACAUGCUGCCUGACUUCUCCAACCAGGACCCGGCUGCUUCCUGGAUGGCCGAGGACGUCAUUGACUUCAGCCCCACCUUCCUGGAGGACGGACCAAUCGGCUUGGGCAGCAGCACAGUCACCGCGGGCGGCAGGGAGUCCCCGCCAACUGCCACGCCCCCUCCCUACCGCUGCCUCAACCACCAAGGACACUCUCACUCCAGCAGCCAGCGCUCAAUCACAGAGGACCCCGACUCGGUGCUCAACCAAUCGGAUGCGGCCGUCAGGAGGAGUCUGAUCAUCGCCGCCACAGCCCCGCCCCUUCAGGUGUUCUGUCAACACAGACCGGCCAAUACCAGCCCAUCUGCCGGCCAAUCAGGGGAAGGCUCCAACCGGAGUACCUCAAACAGCCAGGGCCAGCCCACUACACCUGUGACCUCUGCCCCCUCUGCUCAGCCCCCAACAGAGAGAAGAUCUUUCACCCGGAAGAUGGUGAACGCCUUCUCACAAAAAGCCCCCAAGUCCCCUACACUGGACAUCUCUGACCCUGUAUCCAUCAGCGUCCCUGCUAAGGUGUUGGACAUGAUUGGCGGCCGAGCUGGUGAAUUACAGCCUGGCAUCCCGAGCAGCGGCCCCUCCCAGUCGCAGCCUCCUCAGAUGAUCUCCAUGCUGCUGAGGUCAUGUGACUUCCAGCUGACGGAGAGCUGCCAGCAGGAGAUCUGCAGCAAACUGGGCCCCGAGGCCAGGAUCAGAGGACAGGGUAUAACGGAACCUACCGGUGCCCCCCCUGCUCUCCCAGCCUCCCCCUCCCCCUCCUAAAAACCCAGCACGCCUCAUGGCUCUGGCCCUGGCUGAGAGUGCCAACAAGGCCCUGAGACAGGGCGCCUCGCCCCCCUACCGCCCCCCUCAGUCCCGGUCCCAGGACGUAGCCGACACCCACUACCAGAGGUCCCUGUCUGCC